AUGGUUAUUUCCCUUUCAAUUCCAUUUGAAGCUACGUUAUUUGGGCAAAUAUGGAGGUUAGAACCAGUUCCUCCUGAGAAGAAAGCAAUGUGGCGUCGAGAGAUGGAAUGGCUUCUUUCUGUUAGUGAUCACAUUGUUGAGUUGAUACCUUCGUGGCAGACAUUCCCGGAUGGAAGCAAGCUCGAGGUCAUGACUUGCAGACCUCGUUCGGAUCUUUACAUUAAUCUCCCGGCUUUAAGAAAAUUGGACAACAUGCUACUUGAGAUAUUAGAUACUUUCACCGAUACAGAGUUCUGGUAUGUUGAUCAAGGGAUUCUAGCCCCAGAGGCUGAUGGAUCCACCUCGUUCCGAAAAGCUUUUCAACGUCAAGAGGAAAAAUGGUGGCUUCCUGUGUCUCGAGUGCCACCGGGGGGACUCCAUGAAAAUUCAAGGAAGCAGUUGCAGCACAAACGUGACUGCACAAACCAGAUCCUAAAAGCUGCCAUGGCAAUCAAUAGUAUUACUCUAGCUGACAUGGAAGUCCCUGAAUCAUAUUUGGAAUCUCUUCCAAAGAAUAGCCGAACGAGCUUAGGAGAUCUCAUUUAUCGCUAUAUUUCAUCGGAUAUGUUUACACCUGAUUGCCUUCUUGAUUGCCUUGAUUUGUCAUCCGAGCAUCAAGCUAUUGAGAUUGCCAACCGAGUGGAGGCCUCAAUAUAUUUAUGGCGGAAAAAAUCAAACUCCAAGCCUAUUAGCACAAAUCGGUCCAGUUCUAAGUCAUCAUGGGAUUUGGUCAAGGACCUAAUGAUCGAUUCUGACAAAAGAGAAAUGCUUGCAGAUCGAGCACAGAGCCUCCUGCUUUGCUUGAAGCAGCGGUUCCCCGGUCUUCCCCAGACCACUUUAGAUAUGAGCAAAAUUCAGUACAACAAGGAUGUUGGAAAAUCCAUAAUCGAGAGCUACUCGAGAGUUUUGGAAAGUCUUGCAUUCAACAUUAUCGCACGUAUUGAUGAUGUGCUCUAUGUGGAUGACUUGACCAAGCAUUCAGAUCAAUUCUCUUCACUGUCCAGGAUCGGACUUAUUGGUCAGAAGAGUCUUUCGGUUCCUUACUCAGUGCCCUUCCCCAGCACUCCUUAUAGAACAGCUUUUUCAACCCCGAACUUUUCACCAGCACAGCUAGCUACCCCUGCAAAGGGUGAUAGAUCACCAUUUCUUUCAAGCAGCAAAGUUCCUCAGCGUGGGAUGGGCGUGACAAAGGUCUUGACAGACUAUCUUAAUAUCGAUUUAAGGCCGAAGGAAUACAGUAAUCCAGAUGAAGGAACAGAAUCAGGUUCAACCAUAACUCAAGAAGCAUCAGUAUCUUUUGAAUGUCUAAAAGAGGCGGUGAGCUUAUCGAUACUGGAGCCAGUUCCUGAGAAAGAGCCCUAAUGUUGCACAUCAUGAAUCAAUUUUAUAUCUUUUCUUUAAGUUUUAAAUUUGGUAGGAAUUAGAAGAUGCUUGAGAAUGACAAACAUUCACCCUGUUAUUGUAAAUGAUAAAUAAGUUGAGUGAUUCAUGCUUUGUCAUGGCAUCAUUUAUGGUCUCAAAUUUGAUUAUAGCUCAA